AUGACAGCCAGAAAGCUUUCUGUCUCCUUCAAUCCGCAGCAGCCCCCGCUGCUCCUCCUCGCCCUUGCUCAGCUCCAGGGCUUGGACUCAAAGGAGCUUACUUUCUGCCCCAACAGCGAGCAGCAUGCCACAGGGCUAGUUGCCCUGCAACAGCAAGAAGAGCAGCAGCACGACUGCCGACUAGAGCACCCUGCAAUUCAGCUGCCCGAGCUUGAGGCCGCCAAACGCAUAGCUUUCACCACACCAAUCGGCCAGUUGCUGCUUCCAGACGCCGACGGCGAGGCAUUGUUUCAAGCGUUGCUUUCUGUGCUCUUGGGUGUGCCUUUUUCGGGUUCUCUGUACACCGGAGGGUUCCCUAGAGAUUCUGGUUUGAAGAAGAUGAAUGCGUACUUGAGUCUACGGACUUUCCUUUGGGGUCAUCGCCUGUCACUUGUCGACCUUGGGGCUUACAUACAUUUGAGGACCUCUGCAGUAGCAGAGAAGACAGGUGCCCUCCCAGAAAAAUGGUCAGCAGAGUAUCCUGCAAUAGCCCGCUGGUAUGGAUACAUGCACAACGUCAAGGGCGUGAGAGGCCCUGUAGAGAAAGCUCUAAAGCAGAAGAUCCUGGGCCCAAAGCCAGUGGCUGCAUCUCCUGAUGCUGCUGCGGCCUUGGCGGAUAAAGCAGCAACUGCCAAGGCAAAAGAAAAGGCGGAGACGCAGGCAUCAUACGAAGGGAAGCUAGAGGGUGCAGAGAUGGGCAAAGUUGUUACGCGCUUUCCCCCAGAACCGUCUGGCUACCUGCACAUCGGCCACGCCAAAGCGGCCCUUCUCAAUGGCUACUUUGCUAAAAAGUAUCAGGGACGAAUGAUUUUUAGGUUUGACGAUACCAAUCCCGCCAAGGAAAAUGGCGAAUUUGAAGAAAGCAUCUUAGAAGACACAAAAUUGCUGGGAGUUGAGUGGGAGAAGGUGACCCAUACUUCGGACUACCUCCAGCAGCUUCAAGAUGCGUGCACCGAAAUGAUCAAAAAGGGCAUAUUUUACGUAGACAAUACCCCCACCGAGCAAAUGCGCUAUGAGAGAGGCGAAGGCAUCGAAUCUGCCUCGCGGAGUCUCCCAGUAGAGGAACACUUGCGACGUUGGGAGCAAAUGAAAGAGGGGACUGCGGAGGGUCAGCAGUGCUGCGUACGGGCCAAGAUUGACAUGCAAUGCAAGAACAAAUGCAUGCGGGACCCGGUGAUGUUUCGGUGCGUGGUGGAGCCACCACACCACAGAAUGGGCAGAACCUUCAAAGCCUACCCGACUUACGACUUCGCAUGCCCUGUUGUCGACUCGUGGGAGGGAGUCACUCACGCCCUCAGGACCAACGAAUACGCAGACAGAAUUCCGCAGUACCACUGGGUCCAAGAAGCCAUGGGCCUGCGGAAGGUCAACAUAUAUGAGUUUUCCCGGCUGUGUUUCGUCCGGACGGUUCUUUCAAAGCGAAAACUCAAAUAUUUUGUCACAGAAGGCCUUGUCACAGGCUGGGAUGACCCACGCAUGCCGACCGUACGGGGUAUCUUGCGUCGAGGAUUGACAGUGGAGGCAUUGUUGGAGUUUAUCCUUCAGCAAGGCCCCUCGAAGGCCGGAAACUUGAUGGAAUGGGACAAGCUAUGGACUCUCAACAAGCAGGUCAUUGACCCAAUUGUUCCCCGCUUCAUGGCAGUCUCACGCACGGACGGGGUGAAAGUUACUAUAAGCGGUGCCCCUGAGAAUGUGGCAACGCAGCCCCGCCGUCUGCAUGCCAAGAAUGAGGCUCUUGGGCAAGUACCCCUUUACCUUUACAACACGAUCCUCAUUGAGACAGACGAUGCACAAUUAUGCCAAGACGGAGAAGAGGUGACCCUGAUGCAUUGGGGAAACUGCAUCUUUGAGGGGCUGGAGAGGGAUAGCACUGGAAAAGUUACAGCUAUAUCAGCGAAGCUUCACCUUGAAGGGGACUUCAAAAAAACAAAGAAAAAACUCAAUUGGGUUCCUAUGCUGCCACCCAGUGCGGACGUUCAGUUGACGCCGCUCGUGCUACGCGAAUACGACCAUCUGAUCACGGUUGACAAAAUAGAAAACGAGAGCGAGGAGGCGUGGGAGGAGUGUAUUAAUAGAAACACGCAGUUCGACACAGAAGCACUUGGGGAUCCUAACCUCCGUGCCUUGAAAGAGGGUGACAAGCUGCAGCUUGAGAGAAGAGGCUACUUCAGAGUCGAUGCGGUUGCUGGCGACUCCUUGGUACUCAUCAAGAUUCCCGAUGGACGUGCUAAAGCAAUGUCAACGGUUAGCAGCAAGGUGAAUGCGGCUGCUCUCUCCGGGGCCAAGAUAGCGGGUAAGUCCAAAUAG